AACCACCAAUGAUACGCUCUACUUAUCCUCUUGCUUCUCAUCUUCUUUCUUGUCUCUCUUAUUUAUAUACAUUCUCAUUUUUGCUACAUGGAAUGUGAGCACACACAUUACACACAAACUCAUUUUUCAUUCUUGCUUGCUUCUUGUUUCUCAUAACACACUUGUAUAAGAAGAACCCGUCUUGUAUUUGACAAGAUUCGAACCUGUAAUAUCAGUUUUGCAGUAUCACAUGUGCUGAAAUUCCUGGAGCUACACAAGUGACUAGUGGACAGAAACAUCUAUAAGACUUCUGUUACUUCAAGUUGCAAUUUUUGAAGCACUUUAGCUACUGCGAAGGCGCAACACAAGACAUAUAUAACUAAUAUCGAUAAAGAAACCGGAUUCCCAAGCAAGAAGUACAUGCGAUGGAAAAUUAUGAAAUACUGGAGCAGAUUGGCAGAGGUUCCUUUGCUUCUGCUCUACUUGUAAGGCAUAGACAUGAAAAGAAAAAGUACGUGCUUAAGAAAAUUCGCCUUGCUCGCCAAACAAUUAGGACGCGCAGAUCUGCCCUCCAAGAGAUGGAACUUAUUUCUAAAGUGCAACAUCCAUAUAUCAUAGAGUACAAAGAUUCCUGGGUAGAAAAGGGUUGCUUUGUUUGCAUCGUUAUAGCAUACUGUGAGGGAGGAGACAUGGCGGACGCAAUUAAAAGAACAAAUGGCGUUUAUUUCACCGAAGAGAAACUUUGCAAGUGGCUUGUUCAACUUCUUAUGGCGCUUGAUUACUUGCACAAGAACCAUAUUCUUCAUCGUGAUGUCAAGUGCUCAAAUAUAUUUCUGAAGAAAAAUCAAGACUUACGGUUAGGUGAUUUUGGCCUUGCAAAAAUGCUGACUUCUGAUGACCUAGCAUGCUCAGUUGUGGGAACUCCUAGUUACAUGUGCCCUGAGCUUCUUGCUGAUAUACCUUAUGGUUCGAAGUCGGAUAUCUGGUCUCUUGGAUGUUGUAUAUAUGAAAUGGCUGCCCAUAAGCCUGCCUUCAAAGCUUUCGAUAUGCAAUCUCUGAUCAAGAAGAUAAACAAGUCUAUAGUGGCUCCAAUACCUGUGAUGUAUUCUGGUGCAUUUCGAGGACUUGUAAAGAGCAUGCUGCGGAAAAACCCUGAACUUAGACCAAGUGCUGCGGACUUGCUCAGGCUCCCAUAUCUUCAGCCCUAUGUCUUGAAUAUCCAUCUAAAUUCUAGUAGUCCUAAAAGGCAUACUUUUCCGUCCCAGCAAUUUGUUACCAACUAUGUAAAGCAAACAAGAUUCUCUGAGCCUGAAGCUGUUACCAUGCAUUCUGAUAGAGAGAAUAGACGAUCAUUUGGCUAUGAUAGGGCAUUAAAUCCUAGUGUAUCCGGAGCUGAGCAGGAUUCAUUGUGUUAUUCUGAAGGAUCACAUGAUUCUCGAAAAUUCAACAGAAAAUUUUCUAUUGGCAGUAUAGGCGAAGAUAGUGUUAGCGACAAUACAGUUGUAACGAAGUCAAUAAGUUCUGUCAAAUCUCCAAUAUUUACACCUGCAAAAGUUUCUGGUACAAUUCCAAGAAGAGCAGCAACUCCGAGGAUAUAUACCACUAUCUCAGACCAUGAUUUGUGCAAAAAAAUACAAACACCAUCUAGGAAACCUUUGCCAUCAACUCGGAGAGCAUCUCUUCCUAUGUCAGCAAGAACCCUAUCAAAAACACCUUACAAGGCCAGUGCUGAACUCCUGCAUGAUGUUGCUUCUCCCGAUGUGUCUGUGAACACUCCAAUAAUUGACAAAAUGACAGAAUUCCCAUUGGCAUCUGAUGAAGACCCUUUCUUCCCUGUUCGAAAAACUUCAUCAACAUCUGCUCAAUGCUCUUCUACUUCACCAAGCUGUGACAAUAAUGCAAUCACAAAGGACAAGUGCACUGUCCAGAGUUUUGACAAAAGUCGCAGAACAGUAACCAGAUCAUACAUAACGAAUGUUGAUUACGUCGCUCCAAUAACGAGAAGUGAGUGCUCCGAGAACAAUCCAGCAACUUGCAUUUCAAGCCGGCCCUCUUCAGAAUCUGGUUCCCAGCAACACAGGUUUGACACAUCAUCCUACCAGCAAAGAGCUGAGGCCCUCGAAGGGUUGCUCGAGUUUAGCGCAAACCUUAUGCAACAAAACCGAUUCCAGGAGUUGUCUGUGUUACUGAAGCCAUUUGGACCUGAGAAAGUUUCUUCCAGGGAAACAGCAAUUUGGCUGACAAAGAGCUUUAAGGAUACCGGUGUCUAGCAAGAAAACCCUGAAACCGUUCCACAAUUCAUAUUCAGUAGUUGUACAAUUUUGACUGCAUUAGAGUACUUUUCGUGCAUUUUGAAGAUUUAUAUUGAAGGUUGGUGUCUCACUUCUCCUUUAGAAUGAAGGUUUAUAUCAGUGAACUAGUUGUUGAUCUAAGAUCAUAUCUUAUGAUUCUUCUAAGUUGUUGUAAACCUCAGGAAGUAGGAAGGCAACACAUUCUUGGAUGCAAGCUAAUGUUUUUAGUUCUCCUCUAGAUGUCUGGGCUUUAGUGCUUAUCCAAAGUUUCAUUGGAUUGUGAAAGUGGUUGGAACUAGCUCUGUUGUUACAACAUUCUGUACUGUUCUUGCUGAACAGACACUUUGUACUCAAAUUUGGAUAUAGAGACACUACUGUAUGAAUUUGAUGUACUUGAGGAUGAUUAAGAAAUUUUUUCUUAAUAUGUAUAAAGAUUUUUUUUCCAUAAAAAAUAUGUAAUUAGAAGCUAA